UCAUGUGGCGUAGUGUCAAAUCAUGUAGUGCCUUAUUAUCUAUCCCAGCUUGUAUAGCCACUACUGCAGGAAAAAAGUACUCCAGCCAUCUAGCCAAUGGCGGACGGCGGGGCGGAGAACGCUCUGCGAUUGAACUAAAGGACCGCAGGCAGCUGUACACGAGCAUCCUCUAUUCUCCACACGCGCCCACAUCACACAGUCAAUGGAUUACACCUUCUCUCUCCAAGUGCAACACCAUCUGACCGUGUACCCAACGCACUUAUACGAGGACUACAGCUUAGAGUUACAGAUGAAGUCAACAGAGGUGGAUCAAGGCCUUUUCACAGACAGUUACUGCAAAGUGUGCAGCGCUCAGCUCAUCUCAGAGUCACAGAGAGUGGCACAUUAUGAGAGCCGGAAACAUGCAAACAAAGUUCGUCUGUAUUAUAUGUUGCAUCCAGUAGAUGGGGGAUGUCCGGCUAAGAAGCUCAGAACAGAUGACGGGAGUGAGGAGGGAGAUGUGGAUAAAAACAAGUGCUGUACACUGUGUAACAUGUCCUUUACUUCAGCGGUGGUAGCACAGUCUCAUUACCAAGGCAAGAUCCAUGCUAAAAGGCUCAAACUUCUGCUGGGGGAACAGCCUGCCAUAACAGCCAAAGAGGUGCCACCUAGUCCAGUGAAGACACCCUCCUCAGAAAUCUCACCUUUGAGCUUAACCCGUCAGCACCGGGAUUCUGAUCGCUACUGUCAGCUGUGCAAUGCUUGGUUCAACAAUCCUGGAAUGGCACAGCAACACUACGAUGGCAAAAAGCACAAGAAGAAUGCAGCACGUGCAGAACUGCUGGAACAAUUAGGGAAGACUUUAGACAUUGGAGAGAUGAAAGGUCUAAAAAGCUGCAACACAUGUGAUGUCUGCAGUGUCACACUGAAUUCAGUGGCACAGUAUCAUGCACACCUGCAGGGCUCCAAGCACCAAAACAACCUAAAAAAUCAGCUGUGUGUCCAGUGAACCAAUAGGAAAAACAAGAUGAUUGGAAUGAUGUCAGACAAGCUGUGAUCAGCUUGCCCAGGAUUUUCUGCCUCCCUUUCUCUCCUUCUUUUACUCUGUUGUCUUACUCUCUACUUGACUGCAAUAGAAGAUUGAAGAUCCUCUUAAAGUCAGCCUUUAGACAUCCCAAACCCUUCCUCUUCCUCCCAGCCUCCUCUACAGCAGCUCUCUUCCUCAGACUCAGAAUCUCUUGAGGAGAUGUGACUUCAUCCAGUGAUGCCCAUCUGAUACUUAUUCUGUUAUCACACCUGAAGUUUAUAAAGCUAAUCUCAGUCAGUUGUUGUGUGCAUGACUGAA